AAGAAAUAACUAGGAUGGCCUUGAGGCUAGCUUAAAGUUACAAGUUCAUAACCUGUUAGACUUGUCAAUGGUGUAGUUUCAUGUGAUCUGAGUAGCUGGCUCAUUUAUCUAUAUUGUUUUUAAGCUAAAACUCUUUUAUUCUGUCUUUAAAGUUGCGAUUUCUUUAUUGCUUUUUUAAUUUAGUCUUUUUCCUCUUUCAUUUACUUGUUUACAGUAACCUGAGUUUCCAUAUUCACCAUACAGGAGAGGUAGGACGCAAGCAAUCAGCCACAUUAGUUCCUGAGUUACAAGCCUCUGACUGCACUGAUCCUUUGAAAUCAACUACAUAUGAAGUCACAGAGUUAUGACUGCAGAUGGGGAAAAAGUAAACUAGUUGAAAUUUCAAGCACCAAUAUUCUGAGGGAGCCUGUGUGCUUAGGUGGAUGUGAGCACAUUUUCUGUAGUUGUUGUGUAAGUGACUGCAUUGGAACCGAAUGUCCAGUGUGUUAUACUCCAGCCUGGAUACAAGAUGUGAAGAUAAAUAGACAGUUGGACAGCAUGAUCCAGCUUUGUAGUAAGCUUCGAAAUCUGCUGCAUGACAGUAAGCUUUCAGAUGUGAAAGAAGACACACGUAGGACAAGUAUAUUCAAUGAUGCAGAAAACAAGAAGAAUUCAAUAAAAAUGUGGUUUAGUCCUCGAAGUAAGAAAGUCAGAUAUGUUGUGAGUAAAGUUUCGGUGCAAACCCAGCCUCAAAUGGUAAAGGAUGAAAAUGCUCAGCAGGCCUCAAUGUAUGAAUUUGUUUCCGCAAGUCCGCCAGUAGAUUUAUCUGAGAAGGCUAAAAAGACUUCUACAAAAUCUAGGAAAAAGCAAAAAAAGAAAACGUUAGCUGAAAUCAACCAAAAAUGGAGUUUAGAGACAGAAAAAGAUGAUGAUGAACCUGACUCCAAAGAGGAAUUUAAGGAAAAGCUGGUAUCCUUCUGCAGCCAACCAUCUGUUAUUGCUAGCCCUCAGCUAAAUGGUGAAAUAGACUUAUUAGCAAGUGACCCUAUAGCAGAAUCUGAAUGUUUCGGAAGCUUAAAUGAAAUCUCUUUACCAUUGGCUGAGCAAAUAGUGUCUCCCGAAGUUGAGAGCAGGGAUGAAGUAGUGAUUCCUGAGGAGAAUCCCUGUGAAAAUGAUCUUCCAUCUAAGAAAUCCUUGCCAUUAGGUUGUGAAGGAAAACGUGGGCGUCACAACAGACUUUCCAGUCCCAUUUCUAAAAGUUGUAGAAGCAACAUUCAGAGCACCACUAGAAAUCUUGUCAGGCAGACAGUCGUCUCAAAAGACUCAUUGCCUGAGUGUUCUUCCCCACCUUCAAGCAAACUUAAGGUUGGUGGCAAAUUAAGAAGAAAAAACAGUAAUACGUUAGAUGAAUCCAUUAGCCUUUCACCAGGUAUGUCACCUUCUGCACUGAAUAGUCCAAGUUACAGAGGAAUGCUGUCUAGCCCCUCAGCAAUGAAGCUGUCGCCGAGUAGCCGUAUGGCUGUGAAAAGAAAUCAUAGAGGAGAGACUUUGCUCCAUAUUGCUUCUAUUAAGGGUGACAUACCUUCUGUUGAAUACCUCUUACAAAAUGGAAGUGACCCAAAUGUUAAAGACCAUGCCGGAUGGACACCAUUGCAUGAGGCCUGCAAUCACGGGCACUUGAAGGUAGUGGAAUUGUUGCUUCAGCACAAGGCGUUGGUGAACACCACCGGGUAUCAGAAUGACUCACCACUUCAUGAUGCAGCCAAGAAUGGGCACGUGGACAUAGUCAAGCUCUUACUUUCCUAUGGAGCCUCCAGGAACGCUGUUAACAUAUUUGGUCUGCGGCCUGUGGAUUAUACAGACAGUGAAGAUAUGAAAUCGCUAUUGCUGCUACCAGAGAAGAAUGAAUCAUCAUCAGCUAGCCAUUGCUCGGUUAUGAACACUGGUCAACGUAGUGAUAGGCCACUUGUUCUUAUAGGCAGUGGCCUUUCCUCAGAACAACAGAAAAUGCUCAGUGAGCUUGCAGCAAUUCUUAAGGCAAAAAAAUGUGCUGAGUUUGAUAGUACAGUAACUCAUGUCAUUGUUCCUGGUGACACAAUUCAAAGUACCCUGAAAUGUAUGCUUGGGAUUCUCAAUGGAUGCUGGAUCCUAAAAUUUGAAUGGGUGAAAGCAUGUCUACAAAGAAAAGUAUGUGAACAGGAAGAAAAGUAUGAAAUUCCUGAAGGUCCUCAGAGAAGCAGACUCAACAGAGAACAGCUGUUGCCAAAGCUGUUUGAUGGUUGCUACUUCUACUUUGGGGGAACCUUCAAGCACCAUCCAAAGGACAAUCUAAUGAAGCUGGUCACUGCGGCCGGGGGGCAGAUCCUCAGUAGAAAGCCAAAGCCAGACAGUGAUGUGACUCAAACCAUCAACACUAUUGCAUACCACGCCAGGCCUGAUUCUGAUCAGCGCUUCUGCACGCAGUAUAUCAUCUAUGAGGAUUUUUCUAAUUAUCGCCCAGAGAAGGUUCGUCAGGGCAAAGUCUGGAUGGCUCCUUCCAGCUGGUUUAUAGACUGUGUGAUAUCCUUUGAGUUGCUCCCUCUUGACAGCUGAAUACUGUACCAGAUGAACAUUUCAUUCUGAACCUCUGCAGUGUGUGAGAACCCAGCCACUGUGCUGCUUUGAUCAUUCACUUCUUGUGAAUAGGUAGUCAUUUGUGUAUUCUUCUUCUUUUGAAUUUAAAAAAAAACCUUCUUCCAGAUUAUGAAUUGAUUCUGUAUUUACCACUUAGAUGCUGGGAUUGCCUUGAAGGAUUUUUCUUUUUAUAACGUAUAUGGUUUGAUUCAUCAUGUCUUUCUAUUCAGAUGAUUAGCUAUCAAAGAUUAAUGAGAGGGUAUCAGAUCUAUUGGUUAAAUAUACAAAUGGUAUUAUUGUUUCAUCCUUUUAAUGUUCUUUGAUGAAAAAUAUUUAUAACUGCCACCAGCAAAAUACUUCAUAUCCUUUAGUGAGCAGAGAAUAUUGUCAAAUAAUUUAUUCUGGCUUUAUUGUUAUUUAAAGUAGAGCACCUGGUCUAAGUAUGCCACCAUUGUGUAAAAUUUUGCCCCGUCUACAAUUGUCUUUGCCUUACAUUGUAUAUGUUAAUUUAGUUUCUUAUAAGAGUUUACUUGGAUGUUUCUUCCUAAAUUUUUGUUCUUAUUUUGACCUUGCCCAUACAUCAGGAAAUCAUGAUUUGAACUUUAACAUUAUUAUUCUUUGGUGGUGAAAAUCAACAGUGGGCUCAUGGUACCUAUUUUUAUUAUGUACACUUGCUUAUUGUUAACUACCAGUUUAUAACUGUGUUUAUCUAAAAUAUAUAUACUUAGAGCAUUUGCUCUAACACACUUUAGUAUCAGUAUUUUUUAGAGCUUCCUACACUAGCAAAUUAUUAAUUAAAUGUCAGUAAAUUGGGAAGUAGUCUUUUUCUGGUCAGCUUUGCUAGGCAUUGUUAAACUACUUUUUUGAAGGCCCUAGUUUCUUCUUUUGUAAUUUUUUUUGUUUUGUUUUUUAGAUUUUAGGUUAGUGUGGAGGCAAUAGUUGGAGAUUACUUGAUUUAAAGCAGAUUUUUUUCAGAACAUACCGAAGGCUACAAUAGAAAGUGUGGAGGUAGGAGCUGGAAGGGCUUACCCCGACCAAGACAGAGAAGGCAGCAGAGUAGUGGACAGGACACCACCCUGACAAGGGGGAGAUCUGGGUAGAUUAUUUUGGUCUGAGUGUUCUCAUUUGUGAAGUGAGAAUUGAUAGAUCCUUUUCAGUCUUCUUUUUUUUUUUAAGAAGCAGAAGUCUUUAAAUAAAUCUUUUCUAGAAGUCGAAUGUAGUUAUAAUAUUAAAUAUGUGAGGAGGAGGAUCUGUGAGACCUUUUAGUAUAGUUCCCUGUGGGCCAAAGAGGACAGUUGGAUACCCACUGGAUUAGACAGUCCCUAAUUUUAAAGUACUGUGAAGUUAAUCACCAUUUUGAGAUCCAUUUAUUUGAAAGUCUGUGAUUCUGCUGAUCAUUUGAAAAUACGUUAGAUUUUAGUUUCUUCUUUUGCCGUGUUAUUUUUCUGUAUUAAGAAAUAGAAUAUGUAAACAAAAAAUAUACUACUAUUGCUGACCUUCCUGGGUGAAGGAGCUCUGAAACACGAUGUACAACCCGUAGUGUGUGUGUCCCACAUUUCACUCUAAUGGAGAGUGAUGAACGCCAUAGCACCAAACAACUCCAAGGGUUUAGAUAAUGUCUGGAUUAAAUAAUUUAAGACUCCCUGGGGUUUGGUUGUCAUUUCUGAUUUACAACUGAUUUUUAGUCACUCUGAUUGUCUCAUAGGUCAUGUUCCUAGACAGGUGUGUGUCUGCUCCUCUGAUCUGAAUCUCUGUUUCCAAAAACACCUUUGGGGUUUCUUGCUCCCUUUGUUUCAUUCGUUUUCUUGGUUUACCCCUCUCUACUUUGUGUUCUUUGCCAUCAUUAAGCAGUUUCAGUUUUGUCUCUUUAAAUAUUUAUUUUGACAGCAAUUGAUUUAUGUAAGCUCUUGAAACUUGGGAUUGCGCUUUCUGUAUUGAUAUACUUGUAAUUAUUUUCAUUUCUCAGUCAUAAGAUUCAAGUUUCCUUUUUAUUUACCACAAAUCAUUAAAGUUACUGGUUUUUCCAUGUAUCUGUGUCUUCCAUAGAAGUGGUUUAUUCUGUGCUAUUGAAGAAUGACACUCAAAAAGAUUUGUGAGGAAAAUUUUUCAGAUAACAAAAGCCUAUCUCUUCAAAUACUAAUACUUUUUAAAUUAUUUUGGUUAGAAAUAGUUCUAAAGCAUAUUGGAUACUUUAUUACUUAAAAUAAGUUAUUCUGAAUACAAUGUAACUUGGUAUUUCUGAGUCAUCAUUAAGAGCAGCAAUUUUCAGUUAUUACACAGUGAUCCCUUCAUGGUUCUGUUGAAGUCAGAUUGUGGCUUCUCCCAGCAGCAUUUCACAUGGAUGUUUUCUAGUUCUUCUGCCUCCUUUUUGUAAUCUUUUCCUCUCUUCUGCCUGAGAGCUGUUACUUUUUAUCUAUCUCAACUAAUACUUUACCCUGUCUUUUAAUUUUUUCUUCUUUGGACUUACCAAGGAAUGAAAAAAACUGAAUAGCAAGUAUAUUAGAAAUACAACUGAUGUAAAAAAAUAAGCAAUGUGUGAGGGUUUUAGUUAUUCACUUAAGAGUUAAAUAGUUGCAUUUUAGUAGAUAGAAUUUACCGUUUAUUUCAUCUGCCUGAAUUUCUUUUGGGCCUGCCUACUCUGUGAAUAUAGCAGUUAAGUGAACUCUGCUGCAUAGAUGAGGAUUAUGUUUUGGGAAGUUUGACGUUUUCUGUGGGAGUAAAAAGAUGAGGGGCGUCCCCCUGGGCGGUGCAGAAGGUUCAGAGCUCAACUAUCAGCCAGAAAGGUUGGUGGUUCACACCCACCCAGAGGUGCCUUGGAAGAAAGGCCUGGGGAUCUACUUCCAAAAGGUAUGGAGUAUGCACUAUGGAGUGCAGUUCUAUUCUGCACACAUGGGGUCACCAUGAGUCGAAAUCUAUGUGACGCCAGCUGUUACAACUGAUAAGAAGAUGGGGAGGGGGCAUAUUAAUUGUUACAUCUUCCAUGGGUCGAGGUAGAAAAAAGUCAGUUGUGUCCUAAAGGUUCUAUGGACCUCUUUAUAGUCACAAAUGACUAUUCUGUCCCCUAACCAGAAUACAUUAAAAUGGCAGAAGAUAAUGCUACUUUAAUAACUAAGUCACUAUUUUGUUUGACGGUGGAUUGAACUACAAGUUAUGAACUUAAGGUUUGUCAUUAUAAGUCAAUUCUUUCCAAAGAUAAGUGCAUCAGACCACCUAAUAAAUGGUGAAGAUUGAGCAGUCCAUUUAAGAGUUUUAAUAUUCUUUAGUCAGCUAAUAAUCAUUAUGUUUGGCCUUACUACUUAAGCUGCAUUUGGUCUUAUGAAUAAGGGACUGUUGAUGAUCAGGGUGCAUCUUUGAAUACCUGUCAGUUUCUACUAGAAGAGCACUGUGGGAGAAGUGGGAAAAGCACUAGACUGUUCAGACUGAAUUGUCUUAAUGGGUUAAUGGCUAACAUCCCAGCCCCUUAGCCCCAGUGCUGAUCAGAAUUCCUGCCUAGGCCACUAUGAUGAAGGUCAAUAAGGCAGAGAGAUCAGAUAAAGACACAGGAAGGCAUGAUCUCAGCACAGGCUUUGAAGUCAGCCAUCACUUUACUAGUUUAUAUACCAUCUGGGUUUAUAUACCAUCUCUUUACUAGUUUACCUGAUCUGUGCCUUCAGUUACAAAGGGGAAAUACCGUGCAUCUCACAUUUUACUUUACUUUAAAUAUCAAGACCGCUUAGCCCUCCAGGCUUAAGUUACUUCAGAAACACUGGCCCAAGUUCUCCUGUCAGCAUUGUGUCCCAAACUCUUCCUGCUCCCCCAGUCUGAGCCCUCCUGCUGUGUGACCUUGGGCAGCCUCACUUUACACAUCUCUAAAAUAAAAGGAGGUAGACCUUUUCUGCCUUUAGUUCAUAAUUUGUUAGGCUCUCAUAUUUUCAUUAUUAAUGCUAUACCAAACCAAACCCAUUGCCGUUGAGUCGAUUCCAACUCACAGCAACCCUAUAGCUACAACUUUGUCAAAUUCCCCAUUUGCCUGCUGGCUAAAAUAAUGUUGCGUAAAUAUUCUGCCAUGAAUGAAACAUAAAGGUCUUUUUAUGAAUUUUACUGAUACAGCUACC